UCCUGCCGACUACGGCGUAAUUUUUACAGGCGUUAACUUUUAAUCGAGAGGCCAAAUUCCCAAUCGGCAGCGAGCAGGAAAGGCGAGCGGCGCGGUGGCUGGGCAGGAGGGAGGGAUCCCGUGACGUGCGUGCCCGGAUCUGCUGCCCAGCCUGGCGAGAGCGGGAGCAGCGCGCCGAGCCUGCGCUUUGCCGAGGAGGCGGGAAGCGCCGAGCCGGGAAGGGGCAGCACCAUGCAGCAGGGCCCGGGGCCUGCCCUCUUGGUCACCACUAGACAUGACACUGAUACUUCAUGGCUAUGUAUGUUUCCUCUGCAAUAAGUCCUGUUGUUUUCACCCAGUCUCACUCCCAGAAAAGAUUCUGGCUCCACCCUCAGGGUGGCUCCCACUGAGGACAAGACAGUGGAAACACCGAGCACUGAUUAUCUGGUCCAUUUGCUUUGUCUGUCAUCUCCUGACUGGGCCAAGACCUCUUCAAAAUACCCACACAGGAAUAGAUCUGUCAGUCCCAGAAUACCAGGAGAUCAGGGGUAAAAUGAUGUCUGGUCACGUGGAAUACAAUAUUGUAGUAGUAACCCAGCUGCCUGCAUUUAAAUCGGCAAAGCACAAACCAGAAGACGUCAUUCAGUUUAUGGUCUCUAAGAAGUACAGCGAGAUUGAAGAGUUUUAUCAAAGGCUGGCCAUGCGACAUCCACAAAGCGCACUGCCACUUCUGCCCAGGAAAGUGCUGUUCGUGGGAGAAUCAGACAUUCGGGAACGAAGAGUUAUUUUCAAUGAAAUCAUGAGAGCUAUUGCCAAGGAUGAAGAUCUAGCAGCCAGCCCUGAGUUACUGGAAUUCUUGGGAACCCGAUCUACCAGCAUCGUGGACAUCAAAGGUAAAAACCUUCCUGAUAAGGAAGAGGAGGAUGAAGACGAUGAAGCCUUAGAUUUCUUCAAGGAGGAAGAGGUGCCCAAUAUAAUUCCCCAGCUCAAAACAUCAAAAGCACAAGACGUGAAAGCGGGGAAAGAAGAGGACAAGGUGGAGGAGGAAGACGACGAUGUGGACCCACUCGGUGUUCUCAAAUCAAAAAAGACCAAGAAACCUUCACUCUCUCCAGUCAAGGAGGACAAGCCCAAGCCAACCAUUUUUGAUGAAGAUGUGGAUUCAGAUGAAGACCUAUUCGGCUCAGCUGGAGAGUCUUCAUUCAGUGGCAAUAAGAAGAUAUUAGCAGCCAAAGAAAAUCUGAAAUUAUUUGAAGAUCCAGACUUGGGUGGAAAGGUCACUCUAGGUGACUCGCUGCUCUUGCCAACUGCCUGUGCAAGCAGAGAACAUGCGUUAAAGACCAGCCUUGAAGAAGACACUGAAGAACUAUUAAGAGUGGAUUUUGAAGACAUGUGGAAAAUGAGUUCUAAGCCCAAGCCCAAGCCCAAGCCCAAGCCCAAGCCUAAGCCUAAGCCUAAGCCUAGAGUGCCACCUAAACCAGUCAUACCUAAGAAGCCAACAGCUACUGAUACUAAGCUCCCAUUGUCACCAGACCAAAGAACAAUGCCAGCAAAAGAGAAGAUUCAGAGCAUGGCUGAGGUAGACAUUCUCAAGUACAUUCAGGAAAACGAAUCCAUCAGCAGUGAAGAACCAAGUCUGUUCUGAAAUGGAGAAUGUGCAGAACCUUCCUCUGGAAGAAUGUCCAUACCUUCUGAUGGGCAUCAAGCCUUAGACCAUCCAGAUGUCCUUGGUUGUCACUUUGCCUGCUGGUUUAUUAAGGGUACAAGCCUAUGCAUGUUUUGACACAAAAAGUCCUACAAAGUUUAGGAUUUUUUUCUGUCCAAACGUAUACAGGAAUGCACCAUAGAAAGAAGGAAGAUAUUUGGCUCAGAUGUCUGUAAGCAGCAAUGAACGAGCUUCAUAUGGUUAUAUUACAGAGCAGUUAUGGUCUAAUCAGUAAUGCCUUAUUUUUCAGAGAGUUUAAAGAGACCACAAUCGAAUUGAAAAUCUAGCCUUUUAUAUUGCAGUCAUCCUAUGAAAAUUCACCCAUAUAGCAUAGCUUUGAGCAAGCUGAUUGUUCAGCUGAAAGGUUCCAAAAUUAAGAAAAAUGAAAAGUGGCAGAUGUAAUGCUACUUACUGGGUAAGUAGCAUUGCCAAAAUGUUAUAAUAGUUUGCAUUUUUUUUCAAGAAAGUACAAACUGAAAUAGUUGAACUUUGUCUACUUGCCACUCCUCGAAACAACUGGUAGAAAAACAUGGCUUUGGUGAUAGUGCAAACUGCAAAUAUUCGCAUGAAGAAGAUUGCUGUUGAAUUCUAUGUUGUCGUGAUUUCCAAUUCCAGAUACACUAACAAACCAUGACGUGUUAACCAUAAACAAUUCAACAAGAGAACUCAUGUUUCACUGCUGGGUUGUGAAUUCUGGCUUGUUUAAAUCAUGAGUUACCAUUGCAUGGGAAAUCACAACUGUGGGUUGUUCCUGUGUCAUUUCACAAGGUAGAGGGAUAGAGGGAAGGACUAGAUGGAGGGAAACAAACAACCCAGGAACUUAGAAGACAAAUCACAGUUUGUUCAACCAUCUGCCAGACAAACUGCAACAAACCACUGGUUAAAUAAAACAUGGAUUAGUAUAGGUUGUCAUUACAUCUAAACCAAGCCUAUGAGUAAACCAGGUCAGUGUACCAAAGUGCUUGUACAUGAGCUCUGCUUUGUGCCUUCCAAUUUUCCUUUCUAAUGGCAGGUUUUUGUGGUGUGUUGCAAUUUGGAAACACCUCCAGAAGUCUGAGAGCCACUUAAUUGUGUAGUAGCAAGAGGAAGGAAGCCUCCUGAUCUUGGCUUGUAUGUGCACCUGGUUGUAGUCUCUUCAUAGCUUGGAGAUGUCCCCAUCCUCACUAUUAAGAUGUGUUUCCUCAGUGUCAAGAUUAAGCUUUACAUUGGCCACUGUUAACUGAAGACCAGCUAAAUCAAUGUUCUUGAAAGUGUCGAAUCAUAGAAUACUAGAGUUAGAAGGAGCCAUGAAGGCCUUCGGGUCCAAUCCCCCCUGCCGUUGCAGGACACCAAGUUACACAAUCCUUUAAAAGUUGCAUGCUUGUCCCUUGAUAAUAGAUGCUUACAUCACUUAUGAGAGGCUUUCUAAAAGGAACAGAAAUCUCACAUUUUUAUUGUUGGAUUAGACACACUGGUUAUUUGGCAGUGCAUAAAUGUUGAAAACCUGAUCUUCUCUCAGGUGAGUGAGACUCACAAAAUAAAUCUCUCUUGGGGAAAACUUAAGCCAUAUCCAAUAUUAGUUAAGCCGGUAAACUUGAUUGCCUUUGAAUACCUACCUGAGUGAAUGAGGGGGCAGGAGCUGCAGAGGAAGACACAUUUAACGCACUUUACAAUAGCUGUGUUUAUUGUAUGAUGUUUAUAAUUCUAUUUUGAAUAAAGUGACAUUGUUAACCGCUGCUAAAAUGAGAUAUUCCCUCUGGGAAAUGAGUAACAAAUAUUUCUGUGGCUCAAAUUACCAUGAUAUGAUACGUGCACAUCAGUUGUGUAAGUUGUAUAUGGUAUAUCUAAAUUAUUUGGGUCCCAAUCCUAUGCAUGUUUAGACUGAAAAAGAAAAACGCCCCGCAAGUCCAGCAUGUCCUGGGCAGCACGCUGGCUUUUGUAGGACGCUUUUGUUGUUAAACAUGCAUAGGAUCGGGCACUUAGUGUCAUGUGUCCUCUAUAAAGAAUACUGUAAAUAACUAAAAACUCACAUGAAUAUAGAAAUGGUAUAUUUCAUGAAAUGCAGUACAUGACAUUAGGCUUAAAUAAAUCACUUGGUAUAGUAAUAAUAGUCUUGUAAUUGCAGAUAGUUAAAAUAAGUCUGAGAAACAUCUUGAUGUCGAACAAUUUCUGCUAUUUAUUAAUACCCUGCAGGGAUAUUGAACCUGCUUCAGCCCAUCCGCUGAAUUUGGUUUCAGAUAAGCAUCAGGGGCUGCAUUCCAAUGGAGGGUGAAGCCAAAUGCAAAAUGGGGUAGAAUGAAAGUUAAAAGGGGUGAAGGCAGCAAUUCAAGAAAUGCUAGCAUGUUUUAACUUAAAGCUCUUACUGCCAAAGAAUAACCUUCAGCAGAUGCAUUUUAUUCUUUUAGAAUGGGGAAACACACAGUGCAAAACUGGGAAUCCCUCAAACCAUUGGUGAUUAGACAAAGGGGAGGGGCCAUCUGUGAAGUCACAAACUGGGACUCCAAGUGGCCGGACUUGGCCUGAUACAGCCCAUAGGUGAGCAGUUUACAGCAUUGCUAUCACAGCCAUCUGGGGCUCGUGACCGACCUAAACAGGAACAUAAAGUCCUGUGAACCUAGCAAUGGUAUCAUAAUGCGUCCUUGCCUUCUUGCUUCUCCUGUCCUGCCCUAUUGCCUGCACUUCAACUCAGAAAAGCAAAGACAAAACCCGCCCAAGGCCCAGAGAGACUGCACAUCUGGAUCCCAUGAAGACUGUUUGCAAUGGGCAUUACCACAAGCAUGCCAGUCCAAAGUACAAAACAUGACAUUCUUGUGUGUUUUAUAAAAAAAUAAAUAAAAUGCUUUCCUAUUGUAAUUAUUUAAACAGGAAUUUAAUAGCAUCUGUGCCAAAAUGCUUAGCAUAAUUCAGUGGCCCUUCUCUGUCAUUUGUUUCAUUGCUAUUGACAAUAAUUAUACAAGCUAAUUCUUAACCUUUUGGUCUUGCUUUGUCACUGUAAUUUCUACAAUGUAUUGUUUUUAGUUGUUCAUAUGAAAUGGUCUCCCUGAAGAAGAUCUCAGUUCAAAACUUAUCGGACCUAGUAAAGUGCUUCUGCAGAUCAAAA